AUGCAACAGCAGCACGCAGCAGCAGCAGCAGCAGGCAGCAGCAGCAGCAGCAGCAACAGCAAAGCUGCAGCAGCAGCAAUUGCUGCUGCUGCUGCUACAGGAACACCUGAACAGCAUCAGCAUCAGCUGCAGCAGCUGCUGCAGCAGCAAAAGCAGCAACUCAAAGACAGCAGAGUUGCUGCUGUUGGCCUUGUCUUAGUAGCUGAGGAUAUAAAGGGGGGCUGUCGUGCUGCUGGUGAUGCGUUGCUGCUGGAGCCAGCAGCAGCAGCAGCAGCAGGAGCAGGAGGUGCAGCAGCAGCAGCAGCAGCAGCAGAUGCAGCAGCAAUAGCUUCUCGGGCGACAGGCAACAGCAAGCUGCAGCAGCUGUUGCAGACCGAAGCAGCAACAAAGGAAACAGCAGCAACAGCAGCAGCAGCAGCAGGAGAAGCAGCAGGAGCAGCAGCAGCAGCUACACCUGAGGAGCAGCUAGGCCUUCGGGUUGCCAGGCUGCUGCUGCUGCAGCUGCUGCUGGGGGGCGCGGUACCCCCCCGGGGUCAGAAGCUCGCGCUGCUGUUUGCUGCUCUUGCUGCAGACUACGCCCCGUCUAGGGUGUUGCUAUCUCGUCUGACUCCAUCUACGGUUGGUUUUCUGCGUUUGCUGCGGGAUUUCUUCGGCGUUGCUUUUACCUUUGAGCAGCAGCAGCAGCAGCUGCGCCAGCAGCAGCAGCAGCAGCAGCAGCAGCAGCAGCAGCAGCAGCAGCGCAGCAGCAGCAGCAGCUGCGCCAGCAGCAGCAGCAGCAGCAGCAGCAGCAGCAGCAGCAGCAGCAGCAGCAGCAGCAGGAUUCAGAUGAAGAAGAAGAGGGGCUUGAUGAUAUAG